AUGAAGAACUUCUGGAAAAUUCCAGUUUUCUUCUUUGUAUGCAGUUUCCUGGGAUCUUGGGCAUCUGCUGCUGUCAAGCGUCGCCCAAGAUUCCCUGUUAAUUCAAACUCUAAUGGUGGAAAUGAACUCUGUCCAAAGGUCAGGAUUGGUCAAGAUGAUUUACCAGGCUUUGACUUGAUUUCUCAGUUCCAGGUAGAUAAAGCAGCAUCUAGAAGAGCUAUUCAGAGGGUAGUAGGAUCAACUGCAUUACAAGUGGCUUACAAAUUGGGAAAUAAUGUAGACUUCAGGAUUCCAACAAGGCAUUUAUAUCCCAAUGGUCUGCCUGAAGAAUACUCCUUUUUAACUACUUUUCGGAUGACUGGAAACACACUUGAAAAGACCUGGACCAUUUGGCAGAUUCAGGAUUCCUCAGGGAAGGAGCAAGUUGGCGUGAAGAUUAAUGGCCAAACAAAAUCUGUUGCAUUUUCAUACAAGGGAAUGGAUGGAAGUCUCCAAACUGCAACCUUUUCAAAUUUGCCUUCCUUGUUUGAUUCCCAGUGGCAUAAGAUCAUGAUCGGUGUGGAAAGGAGUAGUGCUACUCUUUUUGUUGAUUGCAACAGGAUUCAAUCCUUACCUAUAAAGCCAAGAGGCCAAAUUGGUGUUGAUGGCUUUGCUGUGCUGGGAAAACUUGCAGAUAAUCCUCAAGUUUCUGUUCCGUUUGAACUUCAGUGGAUGCUGAUCCAUUGUGACCCACUACGCCCCAGGAGAGAAACUUGCCAUGAGCUGCCAGUCCGGGUAACUCCCAGCGAGACCACCGACCAGAGAGGUCCCCCGGGCCAGCAGGGUCCCCCCGGGCCCCCAGGUCCCCCUGGAGUUCCAGGCAUCGAUGGCAUCGACGGUGACCGAGGUCCAAAGGGUCCCCCGGGUCCCCCGGGUCCCGCUGGAGAACCGGGCAAGCCAGGAGCUCCGGGAAAGCCGGGCACGCCGGGCGCCGACGGAUUAACAGGACCUGAUGGAUCCCCUGGUUCUGUUGGACCAAGAGGACAAAAAGGAGAACCUGGUGUUCCUGGAUCUCGCGGAUUUCCAGGCCGUGGUAUUCCUGGGCCCCCUGGUCCUCCUGGGGCAGCAGGACUCCCUGGAGAGCUUGGCCGUGUUGGACCAGUUGGUGACCCUGGGAGAAGAGGACCACCUGGCCCCCCUGGCCCCCCGGGACCCAGUGGAACAAUUGGCUUUCAUGAAGGAGAUCCAUUGUGUCCCAAUUCCUGUCCACCAGGUCGCUCAGGAUAUCCAGGCUUACCAGGCAUGAGGGGUCAUAAAGGGGCUAAAGGAGAAAUUGGUGAACCUGGAAGACAAGGUCACAAGGGUGAAGAAGGUGACCAGGGGGAACAAGGAGAAGUUGGAGCUCAAGGACCUCCAGGAGCUCAAGGAUUACGAGGCAUUAUGGGCAUAGUUGGGGCCAAAGGGGAAAAAGGUGCUCGGGGCUUAGAUGGAGAACCUGGGCCUCAAGGUCUUCCUGGUGCACCUGGUGAUCAAGGACAGCGAGGACCUCCAGGAGAAAUAGGUCCCAAGGGAGAUAGAGGCCCUCAAGGUUCUAGAGGAAUUCCUGGCCUCCCUGGGACCAAAGGUGACACGGGCUUGCCAGGUGUGGAUGGCCGUGACGGAAUACCUGGAAUGCCCGGGACAAAGGGUGAACCAGGGAAGCCUGGGCCUCCUGGUGAUGCAGGAUUGCAGGGCUUACCUGGUGUACCUGGGAUUCCUGGUGUCAAGGGUGUUGCUGGUGAAAAGGGCAGUAGAGGAGAAAUAGGACCAGUGGGACCCCCAGGACUACCAGGUAAACUGGGUUCUCCUGGCAGUCCUGGCCUCCCUGGCUUGCCUGGCCCCCCUGGCCUUCCUGGAAUGAAAGGUGACAGGGGAGUAGUCGGUGAGCCAGGUCCAAAGGGUGGACAGGGUUCAUCUGGUGAAGAAGGUGAAGCAGGAGAAAGGGGUGAACUUGGAGAGAUAGGAUUACCUGGGCCAAAGGGAUCUGUGGGUAACCCUGGGGAACCCGGCUUGAGGGGGCCCGAAGGAAGUCGGGGGCUUCCUGGCGUUGAAGGACCAAGAGGACCCCCUGGACCACGAGGCGUGCAGGGAGAGCAGGGUGCCACCGGCCUGCCUGGCAUCCAGGGCCUUCCAGGUAGAGCACCGACAGAUCAGCACAUUAAGCAGGUUUGCAUGAGAGUCAUGCAAGAGCAUCUUGCUGAGAUGGCUGCUAGUCUCAAGCGACCGGACUCAGGGGCGUCUGGCCUCCCUGGGAGGCCUGGACCCCCUGGUCCCCCGGGACCACCUGGAGAGAAUGGGUUCCCAGGCCAGAUGGGACUUCGUGGCCUCCCAGGCAUUAAAGGCCCCCCUGGUGCUCUUGGUUUGAGGGGGCCUAAAGGUGACUUGGGAGAAAGGGGGGAACGGGGCCCUCCUGGAAGAGGUCCUAAGGGCUUGCCUGGAGCUACAGGUCUCCCAGGUGAACCAGGUCCUGCCAGCUACGGGAGGAAUGGCCGGGAUGGCGAGCGAGGCCCCCCAGGGGUGGCAGGAAUUCCCGGGGUACCUGGUCCCCCGGGCCCUCCUGGCCCUCCUGGGUUUUGCGAGCCAGCCUCCUGCACCCUGCAGGCUGGGCAACGGGCAUUUAGCAAAGGGCCCGAUCAGUGAAAAGCUUAGUGCCACGUGGCUGUCUGCAUAAACCAUGCCUGGCAAAGGAGCGUGGAGGAGAAACACCACCGAAGCCGAGGCAAGAGACAACGAUGCAUUACCAUCAACGUUAUUACAUAAGUCUUAAUGACAGAUUUAAAACAAUGGUGCUAUUCAAUAAAUCCUCUUGCUUUGCCCCUGGAGGGGAGACAGGAGAGUCAUCAGAUAAAAACAAAAACAAAACCCCAAAACCCUCCCUUUAAAUAAAUUUAUAAUCCUAUUCCCGGGAUGUUGAACUUCAGCGCGCCGUACACGUGUGACCCGUCGUGGGCCACUGUGCCAAUAAAGAAGGACAACUGUUUGGUUUUCCUUAGCUGGAGUAGUUCUUUUCCUUUUUUAUUUAGAUGUUCUCAGAUUACUGUUUCGGUUAUACAGAGGAUUAUCAGACCAGUGAGGAAGAAACCUCACUGUAGUCACUAGAACUGGUGCUUAAAAUGCCCGGCAGUGUGUCCUCUCGGGAGCCGUCCGCAAUGAUUUCCUUACGUCACGUGUUGGUUUUUGUAGUCAGCCUGGAUUUCUGUUGAACUGUACUGUAUCCCAAACCCAUUAAUGUUUUGAGCUCUUCUAUGUGAAGCAAAGAAGGAAUUUUAAUAUCCUGACAAUUCAUAAGUUUUAAUGAGGUUAUUUAUUUUCAAGGUUUGAGGUAACAUCCCUGGUUGUACCAAAGAAGAAAUAAAUAUGGUUUCUUAA